CGAGAAGGGACGGUACCGGUCGUAUUCACCGCGCCCAAGGAACGAAAGUGGUGAAAAACCCAGUGAAAAUUGGAAAAUUUGGUGUGUACAGUGUGCGAGUAAUGGUUUUUUAUCUAUGAGACUUUUAUAAACAAAUUCUACAUGAAUAUUAGGAGUGGACAAUCUAUUUUCUAUGUAUGUAAACCGAUGUGGUUGUGAUUUUCCGAGCACCAUUGGAUAGUUUUAUAGGUGAUUGGUUUAGGACGGCUGCAUAGCUUUGGAAAGAGGAAUAAACUUGUUUUGUGUCAAACAGUAUGAACGAACUGGAUUCUCUCAGGCAAGAAGCUGAAACCCUUAAAAAUGCAAUUAGAGAUGCCCGAAAAGCGGCUUGUGACACAUCUUUGGUGCAAGCGACUGCCAGCCUCGAACCCAUCGGGCGAGUGCAGAUGCGGACUAGACGCACUCUCCGAGGACACUUGGCCAAGAUCUAUGCCAUGCACUGGGGAUCAGACUCGCGAAAUCUCGUCUCAGCAUCACAGGAUGGUAAACUUAUCGUAUGGGACAGUCACACAACAAAUAAGGUUCAUGCAAUCCCUCUCAGAUCAUCAUGGGUGAUGACCUGCGCUUACGCACCCUCCGGCAACUUUGUAGCCUGUGGUGGUCUAGAUAAUAUAUGCUCUAUCUAUAGCCUAAAAACUAGAGAAGGUAACGUGAGGGUCAGCAGAGAACUGCCUGGCCAUACCGGCUACCUAUCUUGCUGCCGCUUCUUGGAUGACAACCAGAUCGUCACCAGCUCAGGGGAUAUGUCUUGUGCCCUGUGGGAUAUCGAGACUGGUCAACAAGUUACUUCAUUCUUAGGACAUACGGGAGAUGUUAUGUCUCUUUCUUUAUCUCCCGAUAUGCGCACAUUUGUUUCAGGAGCAUGCGACGCCUCGGCGAAACUUUGGGAUAUUCGAGAGGGUCUGUGCAAACAGACGUUCCCGGGCCACGAGUCCGACAUCAACGCCGUGACGUUCUUCCCCAACGGCUUCGCCUUCGCGACCGGUAGCGAUGACGCGACCUGCAGACUGUUCGACAUCAGGGCGGACCAAGAAUUGGCCAUGUAUAGCCACGAUAACAUCAUAUGCGGUAUCACUAGCGUCGCAUUUAGCAAAUCCGGUAGAUUACUUCUAGCUGGAUAUGAUGAUUUCAAUUGUAAUGUGUGGGACUCGAUGAAAACAGAAAGAGCUGGUAUUCUAGCAGGCCACGAUAACCGCGUUAGUUGUUUAGGAGUAACAGAUAAUGGAAUGGCAGUGGGGACAGGGUCUUGGGACAGUUUCCUACGCAUUUGGAAUUAAGACAGUGAUGCCAAAACAAAAAACAAAAAAUGUUAAAAUUUCUCACCUGCAUCACGUUCUGUUAUACGUUGCAUUUAUUCAAAGCCGGA